GGGCAACCAAUAACCAAACUUUUGGUGAUUUGCAGCCUAUUCGAGAUUCGAGCCAGAGAGAAGGAGCCCUUCAAUGCCCUUCAUCAGCUUCAUCUCUCCAGCUCCUCCUCUACUUGCCGACAAUCAAUUAUACGUCUCGCCACCUCGCCAGUCGCCAGGCACAAUUGUUCGCCAAUAGGACCAUUACUGUAAUGACAUAAGCAUCCAGAAUGCCGCAUCAAGCAUGAAGCUUUUCAAGCUGAUAGUGCAUCAAAAGAACUUCAGCGGGGAGGACCUGAUCAUCAACCCGAAGGAUUAUCCCGGCAUAAAGACCGGCGAUGUCGUUGAGAUUUACCAUCCCGACGAUGAGUUCAGCCGCCUGCUGUUACAAGUCACCUCCUUCAAGGAGGACCUACAGGGUCGCGAGACCAUCAGCGUGGAGAAUAACGUAGCGUCGAUGUUUCAGCUGCGAACGUUCGCCGAUGUAUACAUGAACAUAGUAAACCCGGACGACGUGGCCCUAGAUUCCAUAGAAUUGACGUUUAAGGAUCAGUAUAUGGGACGCAGUGAAAUGUGGCGUUUGAAGAACAGCUUGGUAAACACUUGCGUGUACAUCAAUAAGAAGAUAGAGUUUUGCAGCGGUAGUAUACGUUGUCAAGUGUACGAGAUGUGGUCACAGGGCGAUCGUGUUGCCUGCGGCGUCAUAACUGAUGACACUAAAGUAGUGUUUCGAUCUUCUACAAGUAUGGUAUACUUGUUCAUUCAAAUGAGCUCUGAAAUGUGGGAUUUUGAUAUACACGGAGAUCUUUACUUUGAGAAGGCAGUUAAUGGAUUCUUAGCGGACCUAUUUCAAAAGUGGAAAAAGAAUAGCAGCAAUCAUGAAGUUACUAUAGUACUGUUCUCGAGAACUUUCUACAAUGCGACCAGUUUGGAGGAAUUUCCAAAUCAUAUGAGGGAGUGUUUGCAGCACGAUUACAGAGGGAGAUUUUAUGAAGAUUUUUACAGAGUUGCGGUACAGAAUGAAAGAUUUGAGGAUUGGAGUAAUAUAUUGGUGCAACUGCGCAAAUUGUUUACUGAUUAUCAAAAAAUUGUCUUGGAAUAUCACCAGAAGCCAGGUGUUAAUAUGCCUAAGGCGGUAAAUUCCACUGCUGCGCAAGGCAACUUUUUGGAAGUGUUGAAUAUGUCUUUAAACGUUUUUGAAAAACACUACUUGGAUCGCAGCUUUGACAGGACUGGUCAGUUAUCUGUAGUCAUUACACCUGGAGUUGGAGUCUUUGAGGUUGACAGAGAGCUGACAAAUGUGACAAAGCAGAGAAUCAUCGACAACGGUGUAGGAAGUGAUUUAGUAUGCGUUGGGGAACAGCCACUUCAUGCAGUUCCGUUAUUGAAGUUUCACAACAAAGAUUCCUCUAUAAAUGCACCAGAUGACUAUAGCAUGCCUCACUGGAUAAAUCUCAGUUUCUAUUCCACGAACAAAAAGAUUCCCUAUUCCACAUUUAUUCCACGAAUAAAGCUGCCGCAGAAGGUGUCGAAACAUCUGACGGAUAAUGAAAAAUUACAUUGCAAAACUAGACUUUUGCAAGAAGAUCCAAGAGAAUGUUUACAUAAUACGUUAUUCGAUUAUGAUGCUUAUGAUGCACAAGUGUUCCAACUACCAACAGUUCAUACUUCAAGUGUACAAAGGAUAAAUACGAGGAGAAAAAAGACGAGCGUGGUGUGCCUUGAAACUCAUAAUAAUGGCCAUUUGUUAAAGCUUUUGAAACGUAAAAUGUCGGAUCCUGAUAUACAUCAUCCACCACCUGAAACACAUUCACCGUCAUUACGGAGUGCUGCAAUAACGAUACCGCACAAAACAGAUGACGAUAACACUGAAUCUAAUGAAGAUAAAACUGGUGUAUCCAGAACGCCGGUGAAAAACGACUUAACAGACUCCGAGAUAUCUCCGCCGUUUAGACCUAUUGUUGGUAGCGCUGGUAGUCCAACGAACUCAAUUUCUCAACCGACGAAUAUACUUAGGCCUGGUAGGGCAUUAAUCAAUCCUUUCGAUCCGUCACAUGUUACCAUUAAACUUACCAGCAACAGACGACGGUGGACUCACAUCUUUCCAAAAGGGCCUACAGGAGUUCUAAUACAGCAACAUCACUAUCAAGCUAUUCCAAUGCAAACAUUGGAGUCACAAAGUGAGACUACAUUAGCCACUAUAGGUGGACCCUCGAUGGAAGUUGGGGCAAGCAAUUCAAAUCAGAUUUCAAGAUCGGCAUCUCAAAUAGGAUUCCAAGACACAAAAGGAAAGUUACUGCGACCUAAUCCUUCUGUAACUAAUGGAGAUAAAGCUGCAAAUCCUUCAGCUAUGGUGAAUAAGAGUCUUACUCUCUUGUGGGGUGCUACUGGUGAGCAGGAAUGGACGCCUGCUUUAACAACAGCCAUCAUAGGGGUUGACUGGAAAUCUUUAACAAUCCCUGCAUGCCUGCCCAUCACUACUGAUUACUUCCCAGACAAGCGGAGCUUACAAAACGAUUACGUCGUGUCGGACUACAAUCUUCUCCCGGACGACGUUAACGCGGAUUUUGCCCAACAGCGAGCGAUAUACAAGAAACCGCUCACAACUGUGGAAGUGUUUAAAGAGCUGGUCUCGCAGCGCUUGGCCCAAGGUUUCCAGCUAAUUAUUUUACCGUCACUUAACAAGAAUCAGAGCAACGCCACUGGCAGCAAUCCCGUUCCCGCAAUUAGUACGGUAAUACGCGGCAGACAGACUGAGUCCGAGCCUAAAGAGGAAUAUUUGCUUAGCAUUGGAAGAAUUUUUCACAAAAUAUCACUGUUCGAUAAUUCUAUAACAGUUACGAGAUACCGUCCACGGCAUCCUUACCCACCCUUCAAUAUUCACUAUCAAUAUCGAUUUCAUGCUCCGCAUCACGACACGUACGAAGUUUCGCGGGUGUCUUUCACCACAGAGAAACUCGAGACCUAUAAUUGGAAUUAUCUAGACCAUUACAUUUGCACACGGGGCCACACUGAUUUUGCUUUAGUGGAAGAUCUUAAAUAUGUUUUCUUUCAGGCUCUCAAAUAUUGGAGGUUUCGAGUAUUUCUAUUACCAUAUAAUAAUCCUGCGACCCGCAGAAUUUUAGAAGGUUCCCCAAGAUGCGACAUAUACACUCCGCUCAGUAAUGCUGAACAGGCAUCAUUAAUGGACGGCUUCCUGCGUUUUAUCGAGGGGUGGUUGAACAAAAUACGACGGCCAAAUCCCAACAAAAACUGGAGCCCCACAGCUCUAGGUGGUGUCCCUCCAAGAGAUCCUGCCUCUCAUUUGACCAGACGCAGGCACAGCACGAGCCUGAUAUUCCUCACUAACCAGACCAAUCUAGUCGGCAGCUCUCCUUUCAGGGAGCGACUCGGGAGCAACCGCCUGCCAGAGAAACCGAGACCAAGAUCCGGUUCCAAAGUGAUGGACAGAGGACGUGUGUCGCCUGCCAGUGAAGCCGUUUUGCCGUUGUCGCUCGAGCAACAGCAGCAGGAUCAUUUCGACGCUAACGACGACAGUGCAAAUCAGGAGCUGACCAAGAUAAAAAGCAAUGCGACGAAUGUGGAAAUUUUGGAGGCCAUGAAACAUCCUCAAACUGGUGUUGGCUUCUUAACACAACAUCCCUCGCUGCCCAGCCAAACGUUUGUUAGCGCCGAUGCGAUCCAGUGGUUGAACAACCACAUAGAAGGCGGCAUGGGGAUCGAACAGGGUAUUAAUAUCAUGAAGGGAAUGAUUCAAGACAAAUUGAUAUGCCAUGCGUCCGGCGAUUUCUCGCAACCAUUUGUGCUGGGAUUUUAUUUGUAUCAUAUCGUGCAGGAUGAAAAUCAAAAAGCCGCAGACUAUUCCGCGCCGCUUGGGAAUCUGCAAAGUUUCGAGAACGAGUGGGUGGAGGUAGAAAUGAGACCGCCGAAAGGAUGGUGUGAACCAACGUCUUCGACAACAGUGUCGACAGUACCUGCCAUAACAAUACCUUGCGACACUAUUGACGAAUCCAACGUUCCACCUUUUCUGAGAGACGACAUCGAUUUAACCGAACCGAUGGAUGAUAGAAAUUGGACAGUGCCAUUGUAUAAACAUACUCAUCUUGAUAUCGACAUCAAUAAUAAAAGUGACAGGAUCGAAUGGGGUCACUUGAGAUACCAGUCCAUUUACAAAGUAGAUAAUUCUUAUGAACUCGUAGUACAAUGGGUUGCGUCAUCUGGGAGCAUAGUGGCUGAUCUGAUAUUCGUUUGGCAACGCAAGGCUCAAAUGUGCGGGAUACAGAUGAUACCGAUUCCUAGCGAUCUGUUAGCGCUACCAUAUGUCUUGAAGAGCGAUCCUCUCAGAGGUCCUAUUUUCAUACCUCUCGAUACAGAAUGUUUAAUGGCAAAUAAGCGGCAUCUCUUUGAAGAAUUCCGUGAAGAUACCUACGCACAAAGGUUGUUUUUAUUCCAAGAAGCAAUUCUACAGAGAUUCGGCUUCAUGCCGUGCUUAGUCGAGAAUACCGAAAAUGACCGUCAGUACGUUCACAUCACUGGUAACGCAUUUAUAUUAGUGCCAUCCACCACGAAUACUCGGCCACGUCCACGAACCGGUACGAACGUCGUACGGCGAAAUACAGGACAGAAAAGAUACCCAGUUCAUUCGGACCAGUCUAGUCCGCACGAAGCAUACAUUACCAGACAUGUUGGGGGAAAGAAGGACGAUCAUAGCACAGAUAGGAAAAUGGGCUUUUUGUGGUCCUGGAAUCAUAUGAUCAGCCGCAAGUGGAAAUUAUUAUCUCUCUCGGCGGGCGACGAAGUUUUCCAGAAAAAAAUCAUACAGGAUUUUCGACAUUUUUGUUCCAAUGGAGAUAAUAGACUUAAAGAGUUUUGGGAAUCUUGUUGGGAGUUAAAGGAAAAAACUUGUACAAAAGCAAAGUAGCAAGAUGUUUUUUAACGUUUUUUAAAACAUCUUUUGUCUAAAGAUUUAUUAAGUUAUCAUCGAUCAUUUAUGUAAAUUUCGUCAAAUCAUCAUUCGACUGUUAAUCUCAAUUUAUCAAAAAUACGAUAUAGCAAAUAGUAAUGUUUUUAAGGUAUAUUUGAUAGCCAUUGUAAGCAGGAUGAAAGUAUAUAAAUUGUACAAUAUGAUUAUGUAAUACUAUAAUAUGAAUUGUACAAUAUUAUACAAUAUUAUUUAAGCUAAUGCUAUACUAUGAACGAUUCGUGAUUUGAAAUUCGCAUUUCGCUAUGAGAUUCGUAAGUAAUAUGAAUAAGCAGAUUCGUCUAGUUUCCAUUCAUUGUUUAUUACUCAUGCCAGCUGAGCAAUUUUUUGACAAAAUCAAAGGGCGCAAAUUACCACGAAUCAGUCAAUUUAUAUUGCUCGUACAUAGAACUACUAUGCUAUACAAAUAAUGAAUCACGAGGUGCGAAUCAUGAAUCGCAUGGUCUGCGUUAGCUUUACGAUUCAGCGAAGCAAUGCAGAUCAGGACACGUAUUAUGAAACUUUUUGGAAUAGAUUCCAAUCGAAAUUGUAGUUAUUUUUUAGAUUUAUAACGUGUUUUCUAGAGAAAACGGAUAAUUCUGUUAAUUAAUAAUUCGGAAUAUCGGAACCAUUUAGUUAAUUCCUAGAUUUCUGUUAUGUCUUUUAGGGAAAACGAAAUAAUCUCGCGAAUCCAUUCCGAAAAGUUCCAUAAUACGUGCCCUGAACCAGUUAUUGUCAUUCAAGAGUGAGAAAAAGUAGGAUAUUUUUAAGACUGUGUAUGACUGGAAAAAGAAGAAAGAACCUGAAGCAGCUGAGAAUUAAA